CAGUGUGCGCGCAGGUGAGAGGCAGCAGCUCCGGUAACAAACAGACAGGAUCCACCGGCCCGGUACCGGCUGCCAGCUGAGGACAGGCGGGGUUCACGUGUUUGUUUUAAAGCCUCGCGUGGAGCUGUUUGGAUGAAUCUGGAGCCGGAGCGCGCACGAUGCUGAGUGCCGUUAAAAUGGAAGGACACGAGCAUCCGGACUGGAGCAGCGGCUACUACUACGGAGAGACCGAGUGUUACCCCCCAGCGGGCAACAUGAACUCCAUGAGCACCUACAUGGGCACCCCUGGCAUGACCGGCCACAUGAACGCGCAUUAUGUGAGCCACCCUGUCGCGGUCAGCAACUCCUCGGUGGCCGCCGGGAUGACGCAGAGCGCCGGGGCCGCCGCGGCGCAGGCGGCGGGCCUGAGCUCCGCGCUGCCGCCCAGUAUGAGCUCCAUGAGCCCGCCGCCGUACGGGAACGUGCCGGUGAUGAGCCCGGUGUACGGGCAGGCCUGCGCCAUCAGAUCCAGAGAGUCCAAAGCCUACCGGCGCAGCUACACGCACGCCAAGCCGCCGUACUCCUACAUCUCCCUGAUCACCAUGGCCAUCCAGCAGUCAAACAGCAAGAUGCUGACGUUAAACGAGAUCUACCAGUGGAUCAUGGACCUGUUCCCGUUUUACCGGCAGAACCAGCAGCGCUGGCAGAACUCCAUCCGCCACUCGCUCUCCUUCAACGACUGCUUCAUCAAGGUGCCGCGCUCACCGGACAAACCGGGGAAAGGCUCCUUCUGGACGCUGCACCCGGACUCAGGAAACAUGUUUGAGAACGGCUGCUACCUGCGGCGGCAGAAGCGCUUCAAGUGCGGGAAGAAGCCCGGAGCUGCGGGCAAGGAGGCGGAGAGGGAGCCGGGCUCUGAGGCCGGCGCGGUCACCACCACGACAGGCAGCAGCACCGGGUCCGGAUUGGACUCCCCGCCCUCCUCCUCCUCCUCCUCCUCCUCACCUCCGUCUUCUGACGUAAAGGGGACCGACCUUAAACCACACCGAGGUGAACUGUUGCCCUCCAGCCCCGUGCGCGUGCCUUCCCCGCUCACGCACACGCAGCACCUGCUCUCACACCACCACCACCACCACCCGCACCCGCUGCUGCUGCACGAGGCCGCGCACCUGAAAGCGGACCACUACCACUCGCACUACUCCUUCAACCACCCGUUCUCCAUCAACAACCUCAUGUCGGAGCCGCAGCACCACAAACUGGAGCCGGUGGUGCAGUACGGAGGUUACGGCUGCCCGGUGUCCGGGGCUCUGAUGGCGGCCAAAACCGGCCUGGACCCCGCGCACACCGACACGAGCUACUACCACGGUGUGUACGGCAGGCCCAUAAUGAACUCCUCCUGAGGCACAGACGGACUCUUCGAUCUGUAUAUUUGUAAAUGUGAUAAAGGGCCAUUCCACCGUUUCCAUCCAUCCUGCAUCAGAUAAAAAUCUU